UUCUUUCCUCGCCUUCACCUCAUCCUCUGCUAGAGAAGAGGAGAACAUCUCGACAGUGACAGGAGCUUUCUGAGCUGCAAACUUUUCCUGCUUGUUUUUCUUUUCCCUUUCUUGGAUGGAUCCGCUUGAGAGAGCCAUGGAGCCCACGCGGGCAGGAAUGUCGGCUCUGAGAUUCCCAUGAAGGAGGAAAGAGCACACGUGAGUGCAGACUAGAAGGUCGGAGGACCCGCAGCAAGUCGGGCAGCUCCCUCUCUGUAGGGCGCACGUCUUCUUGGGAACGAUGAUGGUCGCCGUGGACUCGCCUCGUGGAGGUCAGCAGAAGACAAACGCCACAAAGCUAAGUCAGGAUUAGCCGGCCCGAACGGUAAGGACGACACAUCUCCUUUUGUUGCUCUAAGCCCUCAGCUUAUGGCCGAGGUGUUAGGUGCGCCGCCUCGCCUCGCCUCGCCUCGCCACGAAGCGCAUGGCGGAUUAAUUCAGCCAGCGAGGCCUCCCUGGAAGCUCACGUCAACGCUUCCACCGCCGCCUGUCACGGAAUGUUUGCAGAUCAAACGCUCUUGGUUUUUUUUUUUCUCUUCUGCUUCUCUAAAGUCCCUCGCCGACACUUGACUUCCUCGUCGGUGCGUCCCGUCGCCGUGGAGCUCCUGCAGCCAGACGCAGUCACGCUUCAUGCAUUUAGCGUCUUUGUGGAACCAUUUUUGAGUUUCAAUGCUCCUCCACGUUCUAAGAUGAAGUUAUGGAAAAGUGCUACUUUUGCCUUCGUGCUCUGUGGCACCGCCCUGUCAGUCAUCCUCAUUAGAAACAUGGCCACCACCGUGGGACACCCCAAAGCGAAGGCUAAACAAACCUCAUCUUCAUCACCAACGUCGUCAUCCUCGUGGUAUCCUUCAACCUCAGUAUCAGAGUCAUCAUCAUCAUCUUCUUCUUCUUCUUCCACCUGGAGCAUUGGUCUUCAUCGGCGGACGCGCUCGACCGACAACAUGAACUCUCUCCUCUCUGAGCUGUCCAUGGUGUUCCAGAGCUUCACAGAAGGCGAGCUUCAGCACGUGGUGGGAACCCUGAUGGACGGGAAGCAACGGAAAAACCGAGGCCAAGGCCAGACCCGAAGGACUAAAAGAGCCCGCCGGGCCAAGCCGUGCUCCCUGAGGGAACUGGAGCUGACGGUGAGCGAGCUGGGCCUGGGCUACGACAGCGACGAGACCGUCAUGCUGCGCUACUGCAGCGGCAAAUGCACGGCGCAACGCCGCAACUACGACAUCACCAUGGAGCACAUGAUGCGGACAGGCUUCAAGAAGAAGGGUCGCAAGGACAAGGUCAGCAACGGUCCCUGCUGCCGGCCCACCGCCUUCGAGAAGGACUUCUCCUUCCUGGACAACCGGAGUCGCUACCACACCAUACAGAACAUCUCGGCCAAGAACUGUGGCUGCGUAUGACCCACGGAGGCCACUUCGAUUUCAUGCUGCUCGAUGCCCCCCAACGUGGGCACAAUACGGGAUAUCGGUUCCAGAUCAGGAAUAUUUUGGACCCGGACCAACUUCAUGUGGGAAUGAAUCAGAAGGAGUGACUGUUCUUUUUCUAAGACUUUUUUCUAUGUGUGUAGUAACACUGUAAAUCAUGGUGGCACGGCAAUGUAGCAACACGGGCAGUCAUGUGACUAUGACUAACGCCACAGAGUCAAGACAAACAAAUCUCUACGGCGGACGGGCGGCUAUAAAUCCAUUAAACAUGGCGUCACAACCAAAAUAUUUUUGAUAACUGGACCACAGGAAACAAAUUCAGACAACAAACCGCGCAAACCUUUAGAGCGGGAAACUCACCAAGCACCCUAUUGAUUUUGAGCAAUUUGCGAUCCGGGAUGCUUGACCCAGCCGGGAUGAAAGGUCAACGAGUGACAUGGUUUUGUCAUUUUGACACAAUCGUGUUCCCAUACGAGACAACUAAUCCAGCUCAAAACAAACAGGACUUAAGGUCGUAAAUGACACGGAAGGAAUGCGUUGCAGAAACAAUUAAAACAAUUCAAGCUGCCUCACUAAGUACGUGACUCAUUCUGCUUGGCAACAAUUUCAAGAGUAAUAUCACACUCAGGGGGAAAAAAAAAAAAAAAAAAAAAACAGAAAAGGAAAGCUUCCGCGUCCAAACUUGUUCAAACAUCGACGUUGUUUGUGUUGUCUGAAUUUGCCACACGUUCCCGUUCUUUAAUGGUCCGCAUUCCCGAUCCCGCAUCUUUACAGUAUUACAGGGUGGAUAAACAUACUAACUGCGCUUCAUGCAUGCGUUCAUUCAUGGGACUGACUGCAGUGUUAUUACACCGUCCGCCUUUUUUUUUUUCAUGUAUGUCCAUUUUUGUGUAGAUGAGACUUCAACCUCCCUCCAGGAAUAUUUCAAACAACUCGUAAGCUUCCGCUGGUAUUACAACACGAUGCUAUUUUAGCCGCUUAUCGGCUAAGUCAGUGCACAUUUUGGAAACGCAUGAUGCAUUUUUCAAGUGGGAAUGGCGGGGGUGGGCGGGGGGUGGGCGGCCCACCCUGUAUGCUCUAUAGAGCAAGUCACACCCAGAAAAUUCCCCAAAGAGUUGAAAUCCUUGUCAUCCUUGCCAAAACACACGUGAGGUCAAAAAUGGACGUCUCCAGUUCCACCUGAUUACGAACCUGAUGGCAUCUGUGGAACGUUUUCCACUCGUGGAGCUUUUGUGUCGUUUGCACUCAUCCCCGAAAAUCCUGCAUAUC